AUGCCUUCCGCAAAUAUAAUUGCAAAGCAAGAACAAACUCCAAUCUUCCCUUACGUCGAGCCGCCAAAAGAGGGCUUGAAACUUAUAGAAUUCAUCAAUACAAAUUUACUGACCAUGGUCGACAUGCCUCUAUUCCCCCCUACUUACUCAACUUAUUUGUGGGCUAAAUACGUUGAUCCUGAGAAUGUACCAGCAUGGCGAGGUUUCAUGGAGAUAUGUUCGGAAAAUGAAAGUUUCCAAAGGUCGGGGGUGCAAUGCCAACAAUUCAUUAACGAAGUUCCAUCUAGUCUAACAACCAUUUAUACAUCAAUUAUGCAUGCAAAGAACGAAACCCGUAAAUGUGGUCAAAAAACCACUAUCUUAACUUACGACUUGCCGUUGUACAUGAAAUGA